UGGAAUGCCUCGGCAGUUUACCAAUGAAGGAGAUUAGAUUUGGAUCAACAUGAAAGUGAAAUUCUUCAAAUAGUUAUCAGUAAUUUUAGUGUCGCAUGAAUUAUUGAUUGGUGUAUAUCGACUAUGUAAGAAUCCGUGGGAAGGAUUGGUAUCUGUUGAACUUAUUUACUGGGAUAUAUUUUAUCCGCAACCGUGAUGAAAACAAAAAAUUGACAGAAUGGCCAUGUAUAAGGGACACCCAGGUAUGGGUGGGCACGGUAAGCCUGUCCCAGCACCCCGCCAAGCUUCCUCUCCGAUGUCCCCAACAAUGUACGCCGAGAUGAACCGACCCCUUCCCUCACAAAUCAUGGCAGCUGCUGCAGCUGGGAUGUCUGUGUCUCAGCAGCCUGGAGCUUCAAUGUCAGACGCCAAAGCCAAGACUGUUCUUAAGGAAGCAGUGGAUGCUGUGGUCAAUAGCUUUGCUAAGCAUUCUCAUGGAUACGGACGGGUGAAUGUUGUGGAGGCCCUGCAGGAAUUUUGGCAGAUGAAGCUGGAGCGAGGAGCAGAUCUAAAGAACGGAGCCCUGGUGGUGUACGAGUCCCAGCCCUCAAACUCCCCUCCCUAUGUGUGCUUUGUCUCCCUCCCCGGGGGAAGCUGUUUUGGCAGUUUUCAGCACUGUCCAACAAAAGCUGAGGCAAGGCGUAGUGCAGCUAAAAUUGCCUUAAUGAAUUCCGUAUUCAACGAGCACCCCUCUCGGAAGAUCUCGGAUGAGUUUAUUGAGAGGGCAGUACGAGAUGCUGCAGGGUCUUUCCAGGGGAAUUUAGCUGAUGCGGAUAAUCCUGCUACUGGUAUAGGAGCAUUUCGUUUUAUGUUAGAGGCCAACAAAGGAAGAACAAUGCUUGAGUUUCAAGAACUUAUGACAGUCUUUCAGCUCCUUCAUUGGAACGGCAGCUUAAAAGCCAUGCGUGACAGAAACUGUUCUCGACAGGAAGUGCUGGCUCAUUAUUCGCACCGUUCCCUUGACGAUGACAUGAGGUCACAGAUGGCUCUAGAUUGGAUUGCCCGUGAACAGGAAACAGGAGGAAUUAUCAAACAUGAACUUCAAAUAGCUGAACGUGAACUAGAGAGUGCUAGACUUGCUGGAAGAGAACUGAGGGUGUUCAAAGAGAAACGAGACAUUCUAAUGUUGGCUCUUAGUCAGAUAGGGCCAGCAGAAAGUUUGGCAUAGCCACAAGUAUUUCAUUUUAAUUUUAUGUACAAAUGUUGUGUUAUAACAUUUUAUCCUUGAGACAAUUUUUGUUAUUUUGUUUCUUGUCUUUGAUGUUCACCCCAAAUAUCACUUUGUGUUUAGUUUAAGAGAGUAGUUCAAUAUAAGGAAUACAAUAAAGAAGACGUGUGUGGAAGAGUAUUUUAUAAACAAUGCAAGGAAGUGUACAUUGUAAAAAAAUAAAUAAAGAUGGUAUUGAUGUCAGGAUUAUGCAGCUUAGAAACAGUAAAUGUGGAUUGAUUUUCACAAGAUUUUAUAUUAAUUAUACGGGGGAUGAACUUCAUGUAUAUGGUUUUAUGAAAAAUUAUGGACAAUUGUUUUGAUAUUGUGUGUGAAGAAACAAUAUUAUAACAUUACUGCUACUGAUCAUUAUUUCCUAAUAUUCCUUUAGAAAUUGUAGAAUUUAUGACUCGGAAUUAUAUUAACCAAGACUACCAUUAAAUCUGUUUUCAUAAUAAUGAUCCGAAGUAAGGUCUUCCAUUUUCUUAAUGUAAACACAUCAGUGCCUAACUGUUUAGAACAACGCUUGUAUUAAUCAAAGGAGGUUUUAGUGUGUAUAUCAUCUCAUGUACCAUUCUUAUAACUCUAAGAAUACAAGCCUGGAGUGCACAGCUAUUUUAGGAUAAACAUCCAUUUGUCAAGGUUGUAUUUUUUUUUUGUUCUCUUAAAUUAAGAAUACAUGUGCUUGUUGAAAAUUUAGUGCAAUAUGUAUGUGUAUAAAUCCCAGAAUGCAUUUCAGAUUUGCUUUGACCAAAGGAAUAAAACAUACCAUAUAACUAUAUAAUAACAGGGGUGUAUUGCAUAGAUUUAAUAGGUAAAACAUGUUUUAAAUGUGAUGGAUUGAACCUUUAAAUUCUGUUGAAAAAUCCUUUGAUUGCUAAUAAACAAUUCAUCCUUUUGUUUAAAAAAAUCAUAAUGAAAUAAAUUUGAGGAGGCAAAUCAAGAAUCUCAAACUAAAAUAGAUCUGACAUUCAGUGUUGAUUUAUAAUUAAUUCACACUCCAUGAAAAUAUUUUUUGCAGCUGUAUCUUUUGAAAAACUUUGUACCGUAAAUGUUUUUAAAUGUGUAUAUAUUAAAAUUGGUUCUGACAUAUCUUCUUAUACAAUAUAAUGAGAACUCGAGUGGGUGAGAUGUCCUUUUUCCAAUAUUAUUUUUUGACAGAUUAUUUUUUAAUUUGGUGAAUGAAUAUAUGCCAGUAUAUUGUUAUUUUUUCUUUUUUCCUCGAAGAUGUUGGUUUACUUACUUUACCAUAGACACAGAAUACGUUUUGGUCUAAACUGGAUUUACAUGUAUGUACAUACUUUAAGAAUUUUUGUUGUUAAUUUAAGACCUCUUCUGCAUUUUAAAUGAUUUGAAUGUCACUAAGGAGAAUCAGUUAAAAUCAUGCAGUACUUGCUUCAUUAUAUACUUGUAUCAUUUAAUGUAAAAAAUCUUCUGUUGUUAACUAUUGUACAAUUUGUUGAUAUUAAAAUGCAUUAAAUUGGGGGGGGGGGGUAAAAACCCACAAAUGUAUGAAAUGUAUGAGUGACUCUUAUGAGAAAAAAUUGUUAAUCUUUAAUUUAGAGAUACCUUAAAUGCAGUAAGAAAUACAUGGGUUUUUUUUUACAGAGGUUGUCUAUCUGUUUUAUGAAUUAGGAUUUUGCACUCACUUGUGAUUAUUUUCGUGUUGUGAUUUUUAUUAUUUUAUUUUUUUUCUCUCUGAAUAAUUUCUGCAUGAAGCGCUUUCAUCAGCACAUCUAGAUUAUGCAUAAUAUAUGAAUUAUAUUUCAAUAAAGAGAUGUAUUAUAAGCAUA